AUGGCCGAUGAUGAGGAGACGGAAGAAUCUAAUAACCAGGACGAUACGAAUCAAGAAGCGUCAAAAAAGAAGAAAAAAAAGGUUUGUGAUUGUGAGGAUGAUGAAUUAGAAGACAGUAUAUGUGAAUGCACAGAGGAGGAAGUCGAUGGAGAAGGUGGUGAUGAAGAAGCCAAAGAGGAGGGAGAAGAAGAAGAAGUAGAAGUAGAGGGAGUUGAUGAUGAAGAGGAAGAAGAUAAUGAUGAAGGCGAAGAAGAAGAAGAAGAGGAAGAAGAUAAAGAAGGAGGUGAUGAGGAGGAGAAAGAAGAAGAGGAAGAAGAAGAAGAGGAAGUAAACGAAGAAGGAACUGAUGAUGCUGAAGAUGAUGGCGAUGAGGAGGAGGAGGGAGAAGAGGAAGAAGAUAAAGAAGGAGGUGCUGAAGAGGAGGAAGAAGAAGAUGGUGAUGAGGAAGAAGAAGACGAUGAAGAAGGAGGUGAUGAGGAGGAAGAGGAAGAAGAAGAAGAAGAAGAAGAAGAAGAGGAAAAGAACGAAGAAGAAGGGGAAGAGGAAGAAGAAGAAGAAGAGGAAGAAAACGAAGAAGAAGGGGAAGAGGAAGAAGAUGAAGAAGGAGGUGAUGAGGAGGAAGAGGAAGAAGAAGAAGAAGAAGAAGAGGAAGAGGAAGAAAACGAAGAAGAAGGGGAAGAGGAAGAAGAUGAAGAAGGAGGUGAUGAGGAGGAAGAAGAAGAAAACGAAGAAGGGAAAGAGGAAGUAGAUGAAGGAGGAGGUGAUGAAGAGGAGGAGGAAGAAGAAGAGGAGAAGGAAGAUGAAGGAGGUAGGGAGAAGGAGCAGAAAGAAGAUGGAGGUGAUGAGGCGAAGGUUAAGGAGGAAGAGAAGGAUGAAGAAGACGAAGAAAGAAGUGGGGAAGAGGAAGAGGACAAAGACGGAGAGGAGCUGAAAGAAGAAAGCAAUGAGGAGGAGGGAGGAGAAACGGAGGAGCAAGGUAGAGAUGGAGAAGUAAAGGAAGAUGAGAAAAGAGAAGAAGAGGAGGGCAAGAUGGAAGUGGGGAAACAAGAAAGUAAGGAUGCAAGGGAAGUAGAGGAAGAGAAAAGGGAGGAAAAAGGAGAAGACAAUGAGAACGGAGUUGAAGAGAAGGAGGUGGGGGAAGAGGGAGGAGGCAACGAUGCAGAGAACAAAGAGGAGAACAAGAAAGAGGAGGAUGCCAGGGCUGUGAGUAGGGGGGAAGAAGAUAGUGAGGAUGAAGGCACAAAAUAUGGAGGAACUGAGGGAGGGGAAAAAGAAGGAGGAAGGAAGGAAGGUGAGGGAAGAGAAACAGGAGACACGUUAAAUGAUGAUGGAGUGCAGGUGAAGGAAGAAGAUGUGGGGGAGGAUGGAAAGAAUAAAGAAGAUAGGGAGAAGGAAGCAAGGGAGGAUGGGAAAAAAAGAGAAGACGUAGAAGGGGAGGAGGAGAAAGAAGGAGGAGAGGACGAAAAAGGAAAAGACGAUGGGGAGGACAAUGAGAAUGAAGAGAGAGGGAAGGGAAUAGGCGAAGGGAAUGAGGGUGAGGGUAUAGAAGAGGAAGAGGGAGGGAAUGAAGAUCCGAACUCGGAGGAGAAAGAAGAUGGAGGAGAAGUGGAAGGGGAAGAGGAAAAGAAGUACCACUCGAGGAAGUUGGACGUUAUUUUGGAGCUGGAUUCCGGAAAAGACGAUGGGGCAAAUAUUGCCUAUGAUCUAUUAGUUAUGACAGAAACGGUGAACAUCAUUACCAACAGUGACGCUGUGUCUGUUGUUGUACCCGAUAAAAUGCUUCCCUCAGCCAACAGCAGUCAACGUUCCCUUUCGAGGAAACCCAUGUCCCGAGCACACAGUUGGAGACGAUUGCGAAUAAGGACGAUGUCUCGUAGGCGUAGUGAAUCUUAA